AUGGCUGAACGUGGAGGUUUCCAAGCUGGAUUCGGAUCCGCUCGCGGAGGACGUACAGAAGGAGGUGCUCCAACAGGAGGACGUGGUGGACGCGGAGGAAGAGGUCGUGGACGUGGUGGAAAUCGUCCAGCCGGCCGUGGAAAAGAAGAAGCAACAUGGACACCAGUUACAAAACUUGGACGUUUAGUUAAAGAAGGAAAAAUUACAACAAUUGAAGAAAUUUAUCUUAAUGCUCUUCCAAUCAAGGAAUACGAAAUCAUCGAUCACCUUCUUGGAACUGGACUUAAAGAUGAAGUAUUGAAAAUUUCACCUGUUCAAAAACAAACAACUGCCGGACAACGUACUCGUUUCAAGGCUGUUGUAGCUAUAGGAGAUCAAAAUGGACAUGUAGGUCUUGGAGUUAAAUGCUCAAAAGAAGUUGCUACAGCUAUUCGCGGAGCUAUUAUUACCGCAAAACUCGCUAUUAUCCCAGUUCGUAGAGGAUAUUGGGGAUCAAAACUCGGAAAACCACACACAAUCCCAUGUAAAGUUUCAGGAAAGUGUGCUUCUGUCUUGGUAAGACUUAUUCCAGCACCAAGAGGUACUGGUAUUGUUUCUGCACCAGUUCCAAAGAAAAUGCUUCAAAUGGCUGGUAUUGAAGAUUGUUAUACAUCUGCUGUUGGACAAACUGCAACACUCGCUAACUUUGCUAAAGCUACAUUUUAUGCUAUUAGAAGAACAUACACUUAUCUUACUCCAGAUCUUUGGAAAGAAACCGAACUUGAUAAGACUCCAUACCAAACCCACUGGGAAUCCUUGGCUAAUGCACGGGCCUAA